GCUAUAACUGUCCCAGGUCGCACCUGGAUUUUCCAAAAAGAAUAAAUAAAUAAACAAAAGUGGAAGUCUAUAUCAACCAACAAAGAAAGGUUUUUCCCUUGUCCAACAACUUGUACUAUUAUAAUUGUUCUUUCUUGUUAUUACGAUGCUCUUUCGGCCAGUGGUUUUUUUUUUUUUUUUGUAACCACUUAGGAGAGAACAUCGACAGAUGGCUCCGAAAAAGGAAUAGAACACAAAUCUCCGGAAAGCAUCGUCAUAUAGACAUAUAGCUAUAUAGCUAAAUAUGUCUAUAUAUAGCUAUUGAGAAGAAAUCCAACACAAACCUCAGCCAGUGUGUUUUCUUUGACCACUGAUAGACUGAGGGAUCGGACGAUGGCUCCAAACAGGAAUAACAACACAUCAUCACCACCACCAUCUUACCAGGUCUUCCUGAGCUUCAGAGGACCCGACACCCGUCAGGGUUUCACGGAUGUCCUUUACCAUACUCUUGUAGAUGCCGGGAUUCGUGUCUUUAGAGACAACGAGGAGAUCCGUAAAGGCGAGUACAUCGGCGAGGAGAUCCUGCGAGCCAUUGAGGACUCCAGGAUCUUCGUGCCCAUCUUCUCUAGGACCUAUGCUAGCAGUAAGUGGUGCCUCAUUGAGCUCGCGAAGAUGGUGGAGUCCAAGGAGUAUAGCCACAAUAAAAAGAUCCUGCCCAUUUUCUAUGACGUGGGCGUCAAUGAUGUCAAGCUUAAGACGGAGUUGUACACUGGAGCUCUGUUGAUACACAAGGAGAAGUUCAGUACCGACAUAGUGCACCAGUGGGAGGAGGCUCUUCGAGACGCCGGAAAAAUCAAGGGAUGGGCACUGAAGGAUAAAGGUUUUGCAGAAUUUGCCAAGGAAUUUGUCAGGGAGGUUUCGGCAGAGUUGAAAGUGAAACAAAAAUAUGUGACUGGGAGCCUAGUAGAGAGGAUUGAUCUGCAAGAUGCUCUCACAAUGUUGCUGGACGUAGACUCCUCUCUUGAUGUUCGGUUAGUCUGGAUACAUGGAAUGGGGGGUAUCGGCAAGACUACACUUGCCAAGGAUGUUUUCAACCGACUCUGCAAUCACUUCAAACACUGCAGCUUCCUUCUAGAUGUGCAAGAAACAACCAAGCGCAAGGGUAUUGAACACUUGCAGAGACAACUCCUGCAAGAUCUUGGUGUUAAAGCAGCAGACAUAACUGACGAGAACGAUGGGAUCCAGAUAAUCAGCGAAAAGUUGCAGAACAGAAAAGUUCUAGUAGUUCUUGAUGAUGUGCACGACCACCAGGAGCAUAUUGGAAAACUAGCAAGAGAGGCUAGUUGGUUUGGAGUCGGAAGCAGGAUUAUUAUCACCUCUCGGAGUAGAAGGGUUCCUGCAUUUGAAGGUGGAACAGUCAAGAUAUUCGAAGCAAAGCCAAUGGAAUUCGAAGAAUCUCUCCUCCUUUUCAGUAGGCAUGCCUUUGGGAAGGAGAGUCCGCCGCAUGACUCCCUUGACCUUUCAAAGGAAGCUGUCAGAAUUACCGGAGGGCUUCCCUUAGCUCUUGAAGUAAUAGGUUCAAAACUUCGAACAAGUGAUCGUGGCCAUUGGAAUCAUAUGAUAGGCACCUUACAGAAAAUACCGGCCAGGAAGGUCCAGGACAGGCUUAAAAUAUGUUAUGAUGCUUUAGACUGGGAAGUGAAGGAGAUAUUCCUAGAUAUCGCAUGUUUUUUCAUUAAUGAGGAGAAAACAAAAGCGAUUUACAUGUGGCAAGCCUGUGACUUUGAACCAGAGUUGGCAGUACAAGAGCUUGUCGAUGCGUCCUUAGUAAAGCUCACAGAUGAGAACAAGUUCCGGAUGCAUGAUCAGCUGCGGGACCUUGGAAGAAAACUCGUUCGAGAUGAGAGGUUAAAGCACCAUGGAAAGCCUUGCAGUAGAAUAUGGAUGCAUGAGGAUGCUCUGAAAGUGCUGCACGAUGAAGAGAUGUGCAAGGAGUUGAAAGUUCUAGACCUCAAGAGGUGCGACCUCUUGAUCAAAACGCCCAACCUAUCGAUGUGCACAAAGUUGGAGAGACUAAUACUGAAAGGUUGCAUUAACCUUGUCGAAAUAGACCAUUCUGUAGGAAAGUUGAAAUGUCUAAAGUAUCUGAAUGCCAGUGGUUGUAGUAAUCUCAGAGAAAUUCCGAGAGAAGUAUGCUGUUUGGAUGGCCUCGUCGAUAUUGUGAUGACAAUGGAAGGCAGCUUCAAGGACAGCAACAAGCUUCCAGACUCCAUCGGGAGACUCUCGAGACUUCAGCGCCUGCGUGUGAGUUUGGGAAGGAGUAGACCUCCAAGCUCACUUGGAGAUCUAAAAUCACUGACUAUGCUGGUCCUGUCAUGGUCAAGGAUGACUGGACUACCUGAGUCCAUUGGAGGACUGGUGAAACUUGAGUUUCUGUCAUUAUUCUUCUGUGGAGGAGUAAAGGAGCUCCCAGCUUCGAUCAGGAAUCUGAAAUCACUAGCUGAGUUGAACAUUUCAAAGUCAGGAAUCACUCAACUGCCCGAUGCGGUCGGGAAUUUGCAGAAACUGAAAGUGAUUGAUAUGAGAGGUUGUGUUAUUAGGAGAUUGCCAGAUUUCCUGGGGAAUUUGGAGAAGCUGGAAAGGUUGGAUAUCUUCGGUUGCAAUUAUUUGCAAGAUAUCCCAUCAGCAAUUAAGGGGAUCACUUCCUUGCUAGAAGUCUCACCCUCAGCCUGGGACAAGAGUUGUGAAAGGUAUUGGAAACUGCGGGUACAGUUGCGGAAAUGGGGGGUAAGUCCCUUCUCAGGUUUCCCUUUCUGA